AUGGAGGUUACGACAUUAGGCGUCACAUUGUACGUGCUGGGGUUCGCCACCGGACCGACCUUCUGGGCGCCAGCAUCGGAGUUGUAUGGUCGAGGAUGGCCCAUGUUCCUCGGCUCCUUCGGAUAUAGCAUCUUUACCAUUGGUAAGACCACGGCCAAGGACCUCCAGACCAUUAUGUUGAGACGAUUCUUUGAGGGGUGUCUUCGCCAAUAUUGUCCGCUGGCCCCUUUGCAUCGCUGUUCACGGGCUAUCAUCACGAAUUACAUGGGUUGGUGCUGGACCAUGUACAUUGCCUCCAUCAUGGGAUUUUUAGGCCCCGUGCUGCUGCUGUUAUUCUUUUUCAACGAAACCUAUCCACCGGUUUUGUUGAUAGAGAAGGCUGCCACCUUGCGACGUCAGACUUGUAAUUGGGGCGUCCACGCCAAACAGGACGAGAUUGAAUUAGGCCUUAAAAAAUUGGGGACGGUAAAAAUUGGCCGCCCGCUUCGUAUGCUCUUCACCGAUCCGAUGCAAUUUUGGUGA